CACUGAAUGAUCAAUUUGAACGAGUUGAAAGCGAAGCUGAAGAGAAGAAGAAAUUGUCGUAUGCUUCAAGUUUUACAAACCUAAUUUACUGUAACUGGCUGUGUUUUUACACUGUUUUGGAUUAGUCAACAUGGACGAGAGAUUAAACUAUUUAAUUCUAGCUGUAUCUUUACUGGGAUUCGUCUCGUGUCAAGAAUUAGUUAUAUCACCUAAACAAGAUACGUUAGUAAAAAAAGUUGAUGAAGGGUUGUCAUUAAAAUGUACAGUAGAGGGAUUAACGGAAUCAGAGACACCAAGUAUACAGUGGUUCUCAGCUACUGGUGAACAGAUAACAUCAAAAACAGGAAGAUUGAGAAUUAUGUCAUUUUCAAGCAAUGAAUUAACAUUAUUAAUCCGUAAAUUAAUUGAUGGUGACGAAGGCCAGUAUACUUGUAAAGCUACUAUUAGUGGUAACCCCAUAGAAAAAAAUAUAGAGAUACAAUUAUAUAGGGGAAUAACCAUAAAGGGAUCUCCGCAUCUCCAACGACCAAAUGUUAAUACUGAUGCCUUUAUUGAAUGUGAUGCUGAUGCUAAUCCUGUACCCACUGUUCAUUGGACAUUUGCUAAUGAAGAUCCCAUUCCGUCAGGAGGUCGUUUCGUUCAACAGAAGGAAGGUUUGAUCAUAAAGAAUAUAUCAGAAGAGGAUAACGGAAUAUAUUAUUGUUUGAUUAAUGUUGGUGAAAUGGGUGAUUUUAGACAAUAUAAUAUUACAGUACAAGUCACAAUUCCACCUAAAUUUGAUCGACCAGCUACAUCAACAGAUGCUAUUGUUGGUAAAAGAUUUGAAAUGAGUUGUUACGCUUCUGGUAAUCCUCCACCAGUCUUCACGUUCUUCAAGGAUGAUAAUCCCAACCCACUGGAUAUGCCUAAGUUUAAAGUUGAUAAAACAAACGGUAAAAUGGAAGCCGAGCUGAUGGAAGAGACUGAUUCUGGAAAGUAUAAAUGUGUGGCGAGUAACGAGGCUGAAGGUGUUCGAGGAACAACAACCGGUGGACAAAAACAACAGACGUUGGAUAUUGUCGUCAAAAUUCCCUCAAAAAUCCAGAGUGUCAAAGAUGCAUCUGGUUUAAUGGAUACCCAGGCAGAGUUGACAUGUGUCGCUGAAGGCAAUCCAGCACCAGAUGUGACAUGGAAAAAAUUUAGCACAGAUUCCAAAUUUGCUGUAGAUUCAACACUCACCCAGAAUGCUGUAGCAGAAUCAACUGUUGAAGAACUACCGUCUGGUAAUAAGAGAGUCACAUCUAAAUACGUGUUUACGUCUCUGAAACCCAGUGAUACCGGCGCAUAUAUUUGUACUGCUAUCAACACAGCUGGUACUGCCAUGGAGAAUGCAACACUUACUGUAGAAUUCAAACCCAACUUCGAUAAUACGCCGUACACCAAGACCUACGGCUGGGCCUCACACAAGACUAACGUAACAUGUUUAGCUAAUGGUGAACCACAAGCCUAUAUCGAAUGGAGCCGUAAUGAUGAAGUUAUCGCCGAAAACAAUGCAACAUACACAAUAUCGUCCAAGUUAGGCAAAGGAUAUGUAGCUAGUUAUUUAAUGGUUUCUGUUGAGAAUGAAAACGAGGAUUGGAUUUAUGGAGAUUUUCUGUGCACUGCUAAAAAUGGUCGUGGUGCGUCAACACAAGUUAUCUCUCUGGCUAAAGCAGUAACCCCUGGUACAGUAUUACUGUCUACCGAUAAAACGACACCAACAUCUAUCGAAGUAUUGAUCACCCCGCCCAGUAACGAUGGUGGACAACCCGUUAUUGACUAUAAGAUAGAAUAUAAUCUACAAGGCAGCACCGACAUUAAAACUACCUACGCUCAACGACCGGGUCAAGAUGCCCAGGAUCAGAGAACGAAAGCUAGAUUAACAGAUUUAAUGGCUGAUAGUGUUUAUAUGGUAACAGUGCGUGCUAGAAACGCAGUUGGGUACGGACAGCCUCAAACUAUGACAGAUCAAACACCUAAAGUUCGUAAACCCGACCCUGUGACCUUCAACUCUAAGGGAUAUGGAGAUAAUGGUGAUUCGUACAUGGUUAGUUGGGAGAAACCAUUAACUGGUGGUAAACCUCUCACUGGUUACAAGAUUGUUUAUAGAAAGGUGGAAGUGAAAGGUGAAGAUGAGAAUAGCUGGGAAGUUGUUCGAAUGUAUGAUCCGGAAAAUAGAAACGCCCCUAGAGAUGUGACAAGUUAUAAAAUAACAGGACUUGUACCAAACACAUUCUAUCAGGUUGAAGUUACUGCAGUUAAUCAACUCGGGGCAUCAGAGUCUCGUGGAAAAAUCUUUAAAACUUCUAAAGGAGAUGGAACGUAUCAACCUAUAACUGGAGAACCACUGAGCGAAGAAGUCCCAGCCCCACCCAAUACCGAUACAAAACCGGCUGAAGUAUCUGGUGCUGGCAUGGCAACAGGGGCGAUAAUUGGAACCAUCAUCGCUAUUCUAAUUAUCCUGUUCAUCAUUAUCGACGUAUCGUUCUACUUCAACAAGCAGUGUGGUGUGUUGUGGACUCUCCAACAAAAACUGGCGGGAAAACCACCGGGAGAAAGUGAUGGUGCACGUGACAUGGAAGAAGGCGACAAGGAGAAUAAACAACCAUUGUUAACAGAAGCUAAGGCCGAGGAAGUUAACGAGGAGGAAGUACCAGAGAAGAAAAAUGAGGCCCUAGAAGGUGUGAUGGAAGAAAUGAGUCCAGAUGAAAAAGAAGCGAAACAAUUCGCAGAAAUGGCGGACACUUCGCCCAUUAAACCUGAUAGCCCCAUUGUCCCCCAAUCAGAAGCUACUAUAAUAGUAAACCCGGCAACACCGGAAGCUGAAUCUCAUGACGAUAAACCUGUAGCAUGAGAGAGCGACGAAGACUAAUUAUCGCUGGUUAGAAGUAAAAAUAGCAUUGGAUUGGUGUUUAAAGAAGACCCGAGCUUGUUUUUCUUUUUUAUUAUUAUUAUAAUGCAUUGUCCAAUUUUAUGUACAUAAAUAGUGUCUAAAAUCCCCCCCCCUCCCUCGCCCAACCCCCCUCCCUUGGCCUAAAGACAAAUAUUUAUAUUACAAGUCAAUAUUUAACUAUUGGUGUUCAGUUUACAUCUCGACUUCUGGAUCAUCUCGCAAAAAAUAUUGUUUAUUUAAACCAACCAAUAUAUUUUAAGCUCCACAUCAUUGUUUCCACAGAAACAUACAUAAUUAAUGAUAUUUGGGACCAUUUUUAAUUUAUUUUUUGGGGUAUUAUUUGUUCCUUAUCUUGCCAUGUUAGUAAUCUUAGCGCACAGCUUUGCUAAGUCAUUGUUUUGGGGUUUUCCAAAUAUUUUAUGAAGUUUAUUUUUUAUUUUGGUUUGAGUAUUUGGGUUAUUAAUGAUACUAUUUUUAGGACACAAAUUAGUCUUAGCAAUAAAUGUUCAUUUGAGUACUAUUAUUCCAUAUAUUUUAUGUUGAGUUGAAGGGUUUGUUUUAUCUGGAUGUAACUGGGUCUACAGGUAUAAUUAUUAGUGCUGUCUCAAGAAACAACUGUGGGCUGUACUGGAUAUGCAACCGGAACUGUUUGCCUAUUAUAUUUGUACCUGGAGAAGCGUGCCAUAUUAUUUUUACAUAAGUAUUAUUUUAUGCUGCAUUUUGUUAACAAGAAGUUUUGAAAUACACAUAUGUCCCUUAUAACAAGACCUGUUGGAUGUGGCUAGUCUCGGUCAACCAGUUCUUUAGACCAUAUAUUUAAUUUAUGAUUUUAUUUGAAGAUGAAUACAUGUAAAGCCAGGUACACACUUCAAUUUCAAUGUCGCAUCUGAAUUUUACAUCAAAAUGUUUGAGUUGGUUUGCAAACUCCAAAUAUGUCACAUAUUAUUAGUAGCUGAGAGCAAUGAACCAUAUCAUGUCUUAUAAAUAUCAACAAAUCAGGCAGCAAUAAUCCAAAUUUAUUCACUCCUUUUCCAUCUAUUGGUGCCUUUUGUUUGAAUUUUAGACGAUUGAUCGUUUCAAUGGGAAACCGGGUUUAGUGUGUAUUUGGCUUUAUCAAUUAUCCAUCUGGUUAUUUUUUUGUUUUGUUUGUUUUGGUUGUAAGACAUGCUGGUAAUCAUGCUUUAACUAGUCUAGUCUCUGGUGGGAUAGAUUUAAAAUUUAGGAAUUGUUUUAAUUAUCCUAUGAAGAAAACCAUGGGUUAUUAUGAAUUGUAACCUGGUAGAUUGUGAUAUUACACUGUUGCUUAGUAGCAAAAUAAUUUGUUAAUUCAGAGAAAACACAGUUUGUUAAGUGAAGGUCACAGUCACAAGUAAUGCAAUAGUAAAGAUAAUAUUAAACACACUAUGGGGAAAGUUUUAAUGAUAACGAGUUAAUUAUUUCAUUUGCCAGAAUAGCAAUGACAUGGUUUUCCUGUUGGUGGCAAACCUAAUAAUACAUUAUAAUUUGUCCCGUGAUAGGUGAUAUUGUAGUAAUUGUAGUACAAAUUCAAAGCAGCGUGGUUAUCUCCAAAAAAGGUUUUUAAGCUUACUAAAGUUUAAAUCAGCAUAUUUUCAAUACAAUUUUAGUAUGAAACACACGUUUAUUAUAUUAAACACAACUGAUUUUUAUUAUGUAAUACACAACUUGUGUUUAUUAUGUAAUACACAACUAGUAUUUAUUGUGUAACACACAACUGGUGUUUAUUAUGUAAUACACAGCUAGUAUUUAUUGUGUAACACACAACUGGUGUUUAUUAUGUAAUACACAACUAGUAUUUAUUGUGUAACACACAACUGGUGUUUAUUAUGUAAUACACAAUUAGUAUUUAUUGUGUAAUACACAAUUGGUGUUUAUUGUGUAAUACACAAUUGGUGUUUAUUACGUAAUAAACAGAUGUUGAUUAUGUAAUACACAAUUCAUAUUUAUUAUGUAAUACACAACUGUUAUUGAUUAUGUAACACACAACUGAUGUUUAUUAAGUAAUAAACAGCUUAUUCUGUAAUACACAACUGUUGUUAACAUUUCGUAUUCUAAAUAAAAUUACUCCCUGUAAUGAGUUGUUUGAGAACAGAAAUGGACACCUUUAAAUAGAAAUAAAAAUAAGUAAUAUUAAUAAUUAAGUUUGUAAUGAAUUUUGAUUUUGAAUAAAGAUAAAAUAUAAUAAGAUCAAGAUGAGGUCGUCUGCUGGAAUCCUAAAUAUCACCAGAUUUCAUUUUCUAAGAUCGUUUUCAUUUUUAAAUAUAUAUUUUUGCUAUAUUGUUUGCUCAAUUUUUAUAUACCAACCCUUUUGUGUUGUACACCAUCAAUAAUUCUCUUAUCAUACUGACGCCAAUCUUAUCUACGCUAAGAGUUAAUUUUAUUGUACCCAUUUGUUUUAAUUCCAUGUUAAGAGCACCAUUGAUUUCUUGCAUUGCGUCUUUUAAUAUCGUUUAUUGACAAUUAUAUAGUCAGUCUUUUCAAAAUGCAGAGUUAUGACCCAUGUUACAAAAUCAUCCGCGAGUUAAGAGGCUAACUAGACGCCCGCAGGCCUAUCGACAAGGGUAGAUAACUCUGUUAGAUGAAAAUCAGGAAUAUUCUAUUUGAUAUUUUGAAUAUUAUUUUUAAGCUUGACCAUGACAAUUUGCAUGAUAUUGUGGUAUUAUAAUGAUUAAUUUUAAGGGUAAUUUUAUUCUGUAUAUAUAUCCAAUAUUUUAUUUAGUACUAGUUUUAGGGUACCAUUAAAAAAAAAAUCAUGAAUAUUUGGGUUUUUAUUAUUCUUAGAUAAUAUUCAUAAUAACUCAAGCUUUAUUUGUAACUAUGGUAACCCUUCCACUUUUUCAUUAUAUAUUUAUAUAUUGAUAACAAAAUUACAAGCAGAAUGUCGAGCGUAUCUGCUUAGUUUAUUUGGGUUUUAGUACGCGGGAAAAGUGUCCGAUUCCUUAAACUCACGUAGAUUACGUGAGUUGUCUUUUAAUGUGUAGACAUUCCAGAUAUACAAUAUAUUGUAGAGGUAGGUUUUAUUGUGUGGCGAUUGUCUAACUUGUAUUUUAAUGUAUUAUAUUUGAUAUCUUUAGCUUUUUGAUGUUGUCUUUAAAAAAAAUAAAAAAAUAAAAGUCAACCCAAAAAUGCAGGAAGAGGGGAGAAAAAAAUUAAGGGAAAAAUUGUCUAUUUAUAAGAAAAAAAAUAAAAGAUACAGAAAAUUUUAAUUCUGUAAGGAAAAGUGUUGAGAGAGUUCAUGGAGAGAAAUUUAAAAUAAGGUUUUGGAAUGAACAAACUUUAAUACAAUAUUUUGUUUAUAAAUUGUCCUCUGUUUGUAUAUUUAACUUGUCUGUAUUCAGUAUUGUUUAUAGGUUAGACCAAUUAUUAUCUAUUAUUUGAACGUUGAGUUCACAUUAUCGAUAGUGUCUGAUUUGAAUGUAUUGUUUAAUGAUAAAUAUGCAGUUAUUUAUUCGGUGGUGUUAAGGAAACAAAAUCUAUUGUAUUUGGAAUUCGAAUCGAAAAUCGGAAAACUGGCGACCACCUGUCACGGGAUUGUCUAGCACUGACAAUUGUACAACAGUGUUCUGUUUAAAGAGCAUUUAGUAAUUAAACACAUUAAAUUAAACACAAGAAUUGUAUGGAAAAUUAUUACUGUAUUUUUAAUCUCUUGUCGUUUCCAUGCUCCGAUCAAAAUUACAGUAAUUGUUUUCAAUAGAACUCGUGUGUUUAAUUUAGUAUAGCAGUGUUAUUUACUCUUUGGGCAGCUUUUUGGAGUGACAUUUAGCAACUGACACACGUAAUAAACACAAAAACAUAAUAUGGAACACAAUUACUAUUUUAAUUUAAGUGACGUUUCGUUGAGAUUUUGCAUUUGCUUGAUAAGAAUAAUCUUUUAGGGGCAUUUAGUAACUGGAUAGAGCAAUGCACAAACACACAUACUUAUGGAAAAAACCCCAGCUACUUAUUAUUUGGGGGACGUUUCGAAGAGGAUCUUGAUAACACCGAGAGAAUGCUCUUCGAAACAUCGUGCAAAUAAAUAAGUAGCCGUUUUUUUCCGUAAGUAUGUGUUUUUGUGUAUUGCUUGCUAAGGUUGAGAUAAUUCUCAUGGAAGUGUCUCUUUAAUUACAAUUGUGUUUAUUAGUGCUGUAUACUGUAGAAGAAUCGGUGGUUAUUAAAGUAAAGAGAAAUAGAGAAAUAUCCUGUAUGUUGAUUGUAUUAAGAUCAGCUUCUUUAAAAUCAAGUUAUGAUGUUUUAUUGUUAUAUUUUUUUUCUUCUAGCUUUUUGUAGAGUCUGAUUGCAUUUAUUAUAAAUAUAAACAUAUACAAUUUUUAUUCUUUCUUCCUUUAAAUGUCCUUCAUUGUAACAAAUGUGAAAUAAAAAAAAAAAAUAUAUGUUGA